AUGGUAGAGCGAGAAGGAUACACAAAAAAUGACAUUUACAACGCUGAUGAAACAAGUAUAAACUGGAAGGCAUUACCCCGAAAAUCAUUAGCAUCACAUUGUGAAUCAUCAACAUCUGGUUAUAAAAUAAGUGAAAAUAGGAUAACUGCGAUGGUUUUCGCAAAUGCUAGUGGAUAUUACGCUUUACUAUUAUUAGUGAUUGGAAAAGCUAUUAAACCAUGGUAUUUUAAAAAUAUUAAUCGACUUCUAGUGACAUAUAAGGUACAAAAAAUCAAACAAGAACGAAAAUGUAAAGGAAGAAAAGGAAAAGUUAUGCUUUUGUUAGAUAAUGCACCAUCUCAUCCUUCUACUAAAAAAUUGAAUAUGGUAGACCCAGAUUUUAAUGUUAUGUUUUUUCCUGCAAAUACUACUACAAUAAUAUUCAACCUAUGGAUCAAGGGAUAA